AUUGAGGUUGACCUCUUCGCGGUCCCGACUUGGGGCCUUGAGCUGAGCAGGGAGCUGGUGAAGUGUUUGUGCCCAUACUUCCGGCUGUGUGCUUAUUGGUGUUGCCCUCGCGGCUGCUCAUCCUCAGCUACAUCAGGUGAUCCGGAGAGCUUCAGGGAUCACGCUACCCCCAAGAAGUAGCACCUCCUAGCACCUCCUUAACAGAUCGCAUACAGCCCGUUGUACCUAGGGAGGAGAAGCUGGAAGGCUCGAAUUUGUCGUGGCGCUACAAGCAAACAGAGCCGGAAUCCCUCUAAUCAGGACGCCUGACAAACCCAGCUUCCCAAGAUGGCGCCCACAACGUCCUCUGCCACCAAUUCGUGCGUUGCAGCUUCGGGAGCCAACUUCUUGCUGAUGCACACUCAUUCGCGAGACAAGCUCAGUCUAUGCGCACAAAUCAUUGCGGAGCACUUUGGACCCAUCGCUGGGCGCGUCGCUUCCGUCUUGAUUUUGCGAGGCCGACUAUCGUUCGUGGAGCUGCAUCGUUACUUGUCAGACGCACCUGGGAGCAGUGCGGGCGGCAGCAGUGCGGCUGGAGUGGGAGCACUUGACGGUACAGCUGCCAGUGCGCUAGGUGGGAAAGGCGCACGCAGGAGUACCGGUCUGGGGCAGCGUGCGCUCGCAAGUCUCCGCGGCAUUACCAGCGCAGCAGUAUCCGGCUCAGCGGGAGGCGAUGGUGGUGCAGAUGAAUCUUCCGCUAUUGCAGGGCCGUCCUCCUAUGGCAGCCAUACGCACAAUCCAACAGGCGCCAACACCUCGCAGCACCACCCGCUCGCAGCACCGCUCGGUCCAUUACGGCAAAAGUUGCAGAUCCAACAUGCGCUCAUGGUCCUGGUCCAGCACAAUGUUUGCUGGCAUGUGCGGCUCGAUGCCAAAGGCACUGUUCUCAACAAUGAACGUGACGGUUCGAUAGGUGAAGCAGCCGCGGCAACAGCGCCGAUCACAGGGACGGAGUACUUUGAGAUGAACCCCAACGAGAUCUUGUCUCGCUUGCGGUUUGGGGAGUACAUUGGCAUCGCUCACGAGACUUUUGGGGCGUUGGGCUGUGACAUCAUCAAGCUCGUCCAAAUACACGGAAAGCUACAAGUUGCCGACAUAAUUGAACGUCUAUGUGGGCCGGAAGACCAGCGAAAGCGGAAGCGCGUCGAAGAGCUGCUGAAGCGUCUCCUGUGGACCACCUACCUGCGUCCAUCCGUGCUCGCCAUGCAUAUAUCUCGCCGCGAAAAAGAGGUGGCGUACUGGAAAAAGCUGCAGGGCGCUGGAGGUGUGCGCACGGCCAAAGGAAUCAAAGAAGGAAAAGCACAAGUGCACAUGCUUAUUGAUGAAGAAGAGCGCCAAGCGCUCUUUGGUGGGGGUCUCAAUGACGAUGCGAAGAAAGGAGAUGGUCAGCAGAGCUCCCGCUUGGGUUUGCUGCUGAAAACGAUGACGGCGAGCAGCAGAGCAGCCAAGAGAACGGCCGAUUCCGCCGGACUCGCGAAUGGCAGGGCCAAGGAGAAUAGCAAAGGCUCGAAAAAGGCAAAGGUCAACGGAAGAGAGAAUUCCAAGAACAAAGGCAAGUCCGGAAAAGACAAAGAUCGAAGCUCGCGCAGCUCUGCCAAAGCCAUUAAGAGCAAGAACGGGAGAGGACGAGGGAAGAAGGCCGCGAGCAGUAGCGAAGAGGAAAGCGACAGUGGUAGCCAAGGUGAUAGCAGUGAUGAAGAUGGCAAGAGCGGCAGCGACGAAGAAACCCCCGGAAGAGACAAUGAAGCAGAAGCCAGCGCCUUCUUUGCGCAUUCGCUUGACCACCUUGAUAUAGAUUACAACAUAUUCCUCCGCAUCAACCCAGACCGGUUCGAUGUGCACAUCCGUAACGAGGCGCUUGUCACCGCUGUGUCCGACUGGUCCAACUCGAAUCCCGUCAUCGGCGAGGUCUUUAGGCACAUGCUGCAGGUCGCCGAGACACCUUCCUCGUCUGCUAUAUCCUCUUCCUCUGCAGAGUCGCAAGCGACAGCGCAGAGGCAGCAUCUGCAGAGCUGUGCAGAUACUGUCAGUGCCUCGUUCAGCCUUGCAGUGCUCGAGAGGCGCCUUCCGCUGCGUUUGGAUAGGAAUGCUGUAUUUGAUCAUAGAUCGCUCGCAGCUGUAUUCGGUUCAACCAGCCGAAAGGACAAGACUAGCUCAAGGUCAAAGUCAAAGGGCAAGUCUAAGUCGAAGAAGGGGAAGACAAGCAAAGGAAAGGGCAAGAAGAGGCGAUCAGACACCUCGGAUGACUCGGAGGAUAGUGAAGAGGAUGAGGAUGAAGAUGAAGAUGAUGGACCGACCAUAGCUCAAGUUCUCCAAGAGAUCGUCAAGAUCUUCCUCAAUGCCGCUGAUCUGAUGGGCAAGGACAAGCGCAUCAUUGAUCAAAUUUCCGGGCUGCAAACAUCUUUUUCUUCCGGGCUCGGCGGUGGCGGAGGCGGAGGCAGAUCAUCUGGUGUCGCGCGCAAUGCAACGUUCACCAUCCAGUACGCGAAAAUUUGCAGGCGUAUGAAGCUCGAGAUGCUCAGUAGCAUGAUCGAGCAGAUCUAUGGAGAGGACGCAAGGCGCAUCUUUAGCUUGUUGAGUAUUUACGGCAAGCUCGACGAGAAGAAUAUCAAAGAUCUAGCUCUCAUCUCCAUUGCGGAUACACGUGCAAUCUGCACUAAGCUGUUCAAGGCCUCCAUCAUCCAGCUGCAAGACGUGCCGCGCACGUCGGACCGCAAUAUCACCCGUUCUAUAUUCCUUUACUACGUUGACGUCGAUCGCGCCUACGGUUGGCUUCUGGAUCGGUGGUACCAGACGCUAGAGAAUAUCGGGCGGAGACGUGUCAUGCAAGAUGCCAAAUGUUGGGCCAUCUUGCAACGUAUUGAGACACGGGAGCGUGCCCAGGCGACAAUCGCAGCUAAAGGUGAACCAACGGCGAUAAGCGAACUCGAGGACGUGGAGAAUUUGCUGAGAGAAUCGGAACAGAUCGCAUGGGAGGAACUGCAGCGCGAUCGAGAGAUGCUCACUAUUGCUGAAGCAAGGACCCAGCGAGAUGUUUUUCUUCUCAGCUGUCUGCCAGGCUAGAGCAACGAGAAUGUGGCAAGCCAAAGCCUCCAUGUAGCCUAACACAUGUCGCAGUGGGUCAUGCCCGUCACAGUGCCAUUUUCAAUCGCUGUCAUUUC